CUUUCUUUUCCACCGUAAAUUAAAAAAAGAAUCCGCAAGAAAACACCAAAGCAACGGUGAAUUUCGAGAACCUUGAUUCGGGUUCAGCAAUCUUCAACAACGUUUACUAUAAAUACCACCAUUCCCUUCUAAACCACUCGUUAAACCUUCGAACACGAUACAUUCACGCAUCUUCUUCCAUCCUCGCAAAUCCACAUUUUCAAUUCAAUACAAACUCCAUUAUCUCUUUCUCUCUCCCUCUUCCUGCUGCUACUGUUGUUACUGACUAUACUAAUGGGUUCUUCUCCAAAUUCAAAGCCUAAAAUCAUUCGAGGCUCCGCCGGUUACGUUCUCGAAGACGUCCCUCAUUUGUCCGAUUACAUUCCUGAAUUACCAACGUAUUCUAAUCCGUUGCAAGAUAAUCCUGCUUAUUCAGUCGUCAAGCAGUAUUUCGUGCAUGUGGAUGAUAGUGUUCCUGAAAAGAUUAUUGCUAACAAAGAUAGUCCAAGAGGGAUACAUUUUCGGCGGGCCGGACCUCGUCAAAAGGUGUAUUUCGAAUCAGAUGAAGUUCAGGCUGCCAUCGUAACAUGUGGAGGUUUAUGUCCUGGUCUCAAUACCGUUAUUAGGGAGUUAGUAUGUGGUCUAUACCAUAUGUACGGCGUCAAGAAAGUAUUAGGAAUCAGUGGAGGAUACAAGGGUUUCUAUGCUCACAAUACAAUCCCUCUAACUCCUAAAACCGUAAAUGAUAUACAUAAGCGUGGAGGAACUAUCCUUGGUUCAUCACGAGGUGGACAUGACACAAUUAAGAUAGUUGAUAGUAUUCAAGAUAGGGGAAUCAACCAGGUUUAUAUAAUAGGAGGAGAUGGAACUCAGAGGGGUGCUUAUAAAAUUCUUGAGGAAAUUGGAAAGCGUGGCCUCAAGGUUGCAGUUGUAGGAAUCCCUAAAACCAUAGAUAAUGACAUUCCGGUUAUUGACAAGUCCUUCGGCUUUGACACAGCUGUUGAGGAGGCUCAGCGUGCUAUAAAUGCAGCACAUGUUGAAGCUGAAAGUGUUGAAAACGGCGUAGGUGUUGUAAAGUUGAUGGGCCGGUACAGUGGAUUUAUUGCAAUGUAUGCCACCCUUGCAAGUCGGGACGUGGACCUUUGCUUAAUCCCAGAGACACCCUUUUACCUUGAAGGUCCGGGUGGACUUUUUGAGUUUGCGGAGAGAAGACUAAAAGAAAACGGUCACAUGGUUAUUGUAAUUGCUGAAGGUGCAGGACAGGAACUUGUUACAGAGAGCAUCCAAGCCAUGCACAAGCAAGAUGCUUCCGGAAACAAACUUCUUCAAGAUGUCGGGCUAUGGAUAUCCCAGAAAAUGAAGGAUCAUUUUGCUAAACAGAAGACAAUGGGCAUAACUCUCAAAUAUAUAGAUCCUACCUAUAUGAUUCGAGCUGUUCCCAGCAAUGCUUCUGACAACGUGUACUGCACACUUCUUGGUCAAAGUGCCGUUCAUGGAGCAAUGGCAGGUUACACUGGUUUUACUAGUGGGCUUGUGCAUGGAAGACAAGCUUAUAUACCUUUUAAUAGAAUCACGGAAGGACAGAACACGGUAGUGAUCACAGAUCGAAUGUGGGCUAGGCUUUUAUCUUCAACAAACCAACCGAGUUUUUUGAUUGCUAAGAGUGUCGUUGAAGAGAAUAUGAAAGAAGAGGAAGAUUCAUUUAAUCUGUAGGAUGAGCAUUGUUCAUACAAUCAUUUUGUGUUGAGUAUUUAUCACUAUGUCUAACCAUUUUAGCUGCUAACUUGUGUUGUAACAGUAACUUGUAAAUUAUGUAUACAUGAUUAGUUUAUUUUUUGCCUUUUCACAUCCAUAAGAUGUAUGUGGAAAGCUCAACCUUACAUGAGAAAUAUGUAUUCUUUUGUUAUGAUUUGUCCGUUAUGAUAAUGAUUUGAAUUUGAAAGAGUUUUGAUUCA